GCAUCACCUACAAAUGGUCUUAAUUUGGGUUACCCUGAGCUUUGAAGUGACAGCCAACAUUCUACAGCAUUUAUCUGAAGAUAUUGACUUUGUUCUACCUGAAAAAAAAAGAAAAUUUUAGAAAGCAUCUUACUUAAAGCAAAAUAUUCAAAGACAUGAACGUUGAUCUGCAGUGCCGUGCCUUGGUUCUUAUCCUGCUACUGUGGGCUGUACUAUCCGUCUAUGGUCAACCAGAGGAUGUUAAAUACAGAUACAAAAAAUUUCUCAAUCAGCAUUUUUUUAUUAAGAUGAAUGAACAUAUCUGUGACAAAGAGAUUGGUUCUAGAAACAUUUAUAUUGAAGAUGAUGGUAGGCAAUGCAAGGACACAAACACCUUUAUAUACAGCACGUCGUUAAACAGUGUAAAGCAAGUUUGUAAUAAUGCUGGAGAAAAGAUUAUAAGAGAUGGCAAAGUCUAUUUCAGAAGCCUCCAGCCAUUUCCUGUGAUCACAUGUAGACUAAAGUCAGGGGUACGUCCACCGCACUGUGAAUACAGGGGAACAAAGAGUACGAGGUACAUCGAAAUUGGUUGUGAUCAAGGUUGGCCAGUACACUAUGACACAGACAUUGUUCAAGUCUAA